GGGGAAGCUCACAUCACUCGUUUUCUUCCGUGCAAAACUCAAGGACUAUCCCAGCAGCGUUCAAGAGGGAAAGGCGUCCCUGCUCUCUCUUCCUCUUUUUCUCUUCCCAAGGAGCCUCCCUUCAAGUCCCUCCCGCGGAUCUCUCUCGCCCUCCCGGCAGGACUUUGCAACUUCUGCCCCCGGCUCCGCUGGCCUUUUAUUUGCCAUUUUUUCCUGGCCUGUUUUUUUCGUGGUUUUUUUUUUUUUUUUUUCUUCUCCUUUUCCUUUUGUCAUUUCUCCCUCCCCGCGGUCCGCAACGACCGGGAGGCUGGUUCCCCGCGGCCGCGGGGCACGGCCGGGACCACCGCGGCCGGGCGCGGAGCCUCCAGCGGGCAGCACCGCCCCCUCCCUCCGUCGCUGCCUCCGCCGGGAGCGCGUGUGAGGGAAGCGAUGGCCUAGAAAUUAAGCAGCACAUCUGAGGUGGUACAUCUGCCUCUCCCCCCCCUCCCUUUUCUUACACUGUUUAGGGUUUCUCCCCGUCUCUCCCUCUCUUGCACUUUUACAAGAAAUUUUAAUUUACUACUUCUCCCCUCCCCAAGUCCGAGGUGGUCGCGGAGGAGGCGAGGCGCUCCCCAGCCCUUCAUGCGCGGCGCUGGGCUCCCGGGGAGGAGGCGAGCGGGGGGCCAGCUCCGCGCUCCGCAGGAAAUGCCGGCGCUGCGGCGGGCAGAGCCCCCGGCCCCCCGCCGCUGCUCCCCGGCCGCUCGCCGCUGACGGCCGCCCGGGGGUGGGGGGGGUUUGGUUGGUCGCUCCCGGCCCCUGCCCGGCUGGGAAUAAGCCCCGGGGCGGCGGCCCGCGCUGCCGGGGGUGCGCACGGAGGCCCGUCGAGGCCAUGACCGGCGGCGAGGCGCGGAGCCCCGGCUGCGGCGGGCGCUGCCCGCCGGCGGGGCGGCAGCCCGGCACCCCGCGGGGCGGGGGCAGCGGCGGCGGGUGGGGGGCGGCCUCCCGGGCCGCGCUGCCGCCGCCGCGGGAGACCUGGCGCCGCCGGAAACUUUCCUCGGCGCUGUGCGCCGGCUCCCUCUCCGUGCUGCUGGCCCUGGUGGUGAGGCUGGCGCGGGGGGAGCGCGGCCGGGAGCUGGCGGCGGAGGGCGCCGCGGGGCCGCGGGGCUGGGGCUGGGGCUGGCUGCCCCCCGGCGCCGUGCCCCUGGGCCUGGCCGGCGCCUUCUUCGGCGCGGGCCGCUACCUGCUGCGCGGCGGCGUGCGGGCGCGGACGGCGGCGCUGCUGCUGGCCGCCUGCUGCGGGGGGGAAGCGGUGGCGCAGACGGCGCUGGCGGCGGGGGAGGAUCACUUGCUCUCCCUCGCCGCCACGGGGGUGGUGCUGAGCUGCCUGGCCGCCGUGACAUGGCUGGUGCUGAAGCUGAGGCAGGGCGUCCUCAUGCUGGCCGUGACUAGCGCGGCCAGGACCACGUCCCUCGUCGCCUUGGAGAGGGUCCCGGCGUCCUGGCGGCCCUACCUGGCCUACCUGCUGGGGCUGCUGGGCGUCCUCCUGGCCGGCUACGCCGACCGGCUCUGGCCCCCGCGGCGGGCCGCCCCGCUGGCGGAGCCUCCCGCCGCCCCCCCGGCCGCGGACGAAGCCCCGGUGCUCAGGCGGCGGCGGCGGUCCAGCUCCAUGAUCUCCCCCGAGAUGUCGGGCGGCGGCGGCAGCAGCAGCAAGACCCACCGGCGGACCUCGCUGCCCUGCAUCCCCCGGGAGCAGCUCAUGGGGCAUUCUGAAUGGGAUCACAAACGAGGACCCAGAGGCUCACAGUCUUCUGGUACCAGUAUCACAGUGGAUAUCGCUGUCAUGGGAGAAGCACAUGGGCUCAUUACAGACCUUCUGGCAGAUCCUUCGCUGCCCCCCAAUGUGUGUACUUCGCUGCGAACAGUGAGCAACUUGCUUAAUACGCAGUUAACCUUCCAGGCCAUCCACAAGCCAAGGGUGAACCCUUUGGUGUCCUUCAGUGAGAACUACACCUGCUCUGACUCAGAGGAAUGUCCAGAGAAAGGAGAGAAAUUAGCUAUUCCCAAGCGCUUACGGAGAAGUUUGCCUCCAGGACUGCUGAGACGAGUGUCCUCAACUUGGACCACAACAACAUCAGCCACAGGAUUACCUACACUGGAGCCAGCUCCAGUGAGAAGGGAUCGCAGUGCCAGCAUCAAACCUCAUGAAUCAUCUUCAUCCAGCACUGACUCCUGGAACAGCUCAAUUCUGAUGACAAUCACGAAGAGCAGGUCCUUCUCCACCUCCUACGCCAUGUCGUCUACCAACCACCUGAAUGCCAAAAGGCAGAGCCGUCAAGGUAUCCCGCCAAAUAUUUCACCUCUCACUUCCCCAUGCCAUUCACCAAUUCAGGGGACGCCUGCUACAAGUCCUACCGGAAAAACAUCAUCUGUAUCAUUUCCAGACUCUACAGAUAUUGACAGCAAGCAAGGUGCAAAGCCACACAAAGUCUUAACUUCUACUCAGAGUGCACCUAGCAUGUCAGACCCUAUUAUCAGCCCCUCUGUCAUCUGCAGCAGCUGUGGCAGACCCUAUAACCAAAUAGAAGCUGGUGAUGGGACAUUAGAUAGAAAUGAUGGUACCACACACACCCUGAACAGAACAGAUGAUCCUGCGCAAGCCACUUCUGACUAUGAGACCAACAACAGUGACAGCAGCGAUAUCGUACAAAAUGACGAUGAGGCAGACUGCUCCAAAGAGCAGACGCGGAAGGGAUCUGUCUGUAGGACGUACACGCCUGAGACCAUCAUUCUGCACCCCUUAAUAGCACCUGAGGACAAGCCUAUACUUGCUCCUGAGCCUCUGAUUAUGGACAACUUGGAUCCGCUGAUGGAACAGCUAAAUAGUUGGAACUUCCCAGUCUUUGAUUUGGUGGAAAAAAUCGGAAAGAAAUGUGGUCGGAUUCUCAGUCAGGUAUCAUACAGGCUUUUUGAAGACAUGGGGCUGUUUGAAACCUUUAAAAUACCAGUGAGGGAAUUUAUGAAUUACUUUCAUGCCUUGGAAUGUGGAUACCGAGAGAUACCUUAUCACAACCGCAUCCAUGCAACUGAUGUUCUACAUGCCGUGUGGUACCUUACUACUCAGCCCGUCCCAGGACUCCCAACUGUGAUUAAUGAUCAUGGGUCAGCAAGCGAUUCAGAUUCUGACAGUGGAAUCACUCACGGCCAUAUGGGUUAUGUGUUUUCGAAGACAUACACACCUACAGAUGACAGCUACGGAUGCCUAGCUGGCAACAUCCCUGCCCUCGAGUUGAUGGCUCUUUAUGUAGCUGCAGCCAUGCAUGAUUAUGAUCAUCCAGGAAGGACCAAUGCCUUUUUGGUAGCAACAAGUGCUCCCCAGGCAGUGCUGUACAACGACCGCUCCGUCCUGGAGAACCACCAUGCUGCGGCUGCCUGGAACCUUUUCAUGUCGAGACCAGAGUACAACUUCCUGGUCAACCUCGACCACGUGGAGUUCAAGCAUUUCCGCUUCCUCGUCAUUGAGGCAAUUUUGGCUACUGACCUGAAGAAACAUUUUGAUUUUGUUGCCAAAUUCAACGCCAAGGUGAAUGAUGAUGUUGGAAUUGACUGGACUAAUGAGAAUGACCGCUUGCUGGUUUGCCAAAUGUGCAUCAAACUGGCUGACAUAAAUGGGCCUGCAAAAUGCAAAGAUUUGCAUCUGCAGUGGACAGAAGGCAUUGUCAAUGAGUUUUAUGAACAGGGUGAUGAAGAGGCUAGCCUGGGCUUGCCAAUCAGUCCUUUUAUGGAUCGCUCUGCUCCUCAGCUGGCACACCUCCAGGAAUCUUUCAUCACUCACAUUGUGGGACCACUAUGUAACUCCUAUGACUCAGCGGGGCUGAUGCCAGGAAAAUGGAUAGAAGAUGGUGAUGAAUCAGGAGACACUGAUGAGCACGAAGAGGAAGAAACAGCAGAAAUGGAAACUUGUGAAAAUGCUGAAUCCAGAAAGAAGUUCAAGAGGAGGAAAAUCUACUGUCAGAUCACUCAGCACCUGCUUCAGAACCAUAAAAUGUGGAAGAAAGUAAUUGAGGACGAGGAGAGGUUAGCCGGGACAGAGAAGCAAGGCACGGAGCAAUCCACACUGCACCAAUCUUCAGAACAAAUCCAGGCCAUCAGGGAAGAGGAGGAGGAGAAAGGGAAGCCCAAGAGGGAUGAAGAAGAGAACACAACUGUAGAACCGAACCAAUGACAAUAUUUACAGCAGUAUUUUAAGACAGAUUGACUCGUGCACAGACUCUUUCUCAAGCCAGCACAGCAUUUAGACACAACACUGUAGAAGUAUGGGAUAAUGCGCCUACAGCUGUUUAAUUUGUUUCUCUUUCCUUUUUAUGGUGAGGUACAUUGUUUAAACUCCUUUGCUCAAGGAAGCUUUCACACUGCGACACCGGCUUUUACAGACUUUCUUUAAAGAGAUUUGGGGUUGGGUGGAAUUAUAUAAAUAUAUAUAUAUAUAGCCAGGGUUAUUGGCUGCGCACUUCAGCAAAAUACAUUUUAUGAUAUAUUAUGGUCACUGUGAUAUUUACAGAAGAAAGCUCUCUAAGGAAAUGCUGCUUCUAAAGCACAUUUGCAGUUAACAGUAAGGUACCAGUUAAGUAGCUUUUGAUCUUAAUGCCGAGGGAUAAAAGUUCCAAAGCUUUAUAUGAAUGAUACAUCCUGCCAAUAUAUGUGUGCAUGAGGGGGUGUUUGCAAGUGUGAGUGAAUAUAAUGUAAUAUUGCGUAGUUUGAGUUAUUAUACUAGCUGUAGCACAUGUCCCAGAACACAACAACAAACAGAAGGCCUGAGUUUCAGAGAAUUUGUGUCCACAAGGGAACCAGAGUCCGUUUUGAGGAGCUUUGCAUUCUCCGUAGCCCUCCAAGUCCCAGUUUGCUCCAGCUGCAGGCAGCAGCCUUUCAGCAGGGGCUGCGGUAGCCCGGGCUGCAGGCCUGGCCCCAUCCGGCUGUGUGGGCUCCUCCACCUUCUCCUCUUCCUCCUCCUCCUCCUCGGUGCUUCCCAGACUGCUGGCGAAAGGGAUGUGCCAGGAAAUUUAUUUUCCAAAGGGGGUUACAAAGGACUGUGUGGCACGCUGGUCUGUUCUCCUUGAGAGGACCUGGCCCUCUGUAUACUUCUGAGUGCGAGAGUGGCUGUGUGGGACUGUGUGCGUGUUUGGCAGGAGAGAACAGAGAGCAAAUGUGUGUGCGUACUCGGACACUAGAGGCAUACUGUCAUCUUCCUACCCUAACCUUAUGCCUCCGUGCAUCAGUGGCCAAAUAUAUCAUUUAAGAACGAAGCUAAACUAUGUCCCUUGAGAGCAAAAGAAAGGGAAUGUGGGGGCCAUGCCCUUCCUCAGAAUAAAAGGCAAACGAUGCAUCAGGAGCAGUGUGGGGGACCGGUGCUGGUCCUGUGUCGGCCGGCCACUUGUAUGUCUCAGCAACCACUCACAUGAGCUUCAGAGAACUUGUUUUCUUCAGUGUGAGGUGCUGGAUGGGAGCAGUUUGUUACUGGCAUUCUGCUUAGAAGCAACAUGUUUGAACCCACCAAUAUACUUUUUUUCUUUUUUCUUUUUUCUUUUUUUUUUAAGAGAAAGGAAAAGAUCAGGCCUGUAAGAAGAGCAGAUCUUUUUUUCGUUCUGUUUAUUUGUUUUCUCUGUUGUUUAUGCUGUGAGCCAAAUGUCUAUUUAAAAGGUUGGAUAUUCACUACCAAUAUUUUAUUUCACAAUAUUAUAUUUGUCAAUGAUUAGCUAUCUAGAUGUAAAUAUGGAAAAAUUUUUAUGGGUUCCUGUAGAUAAUGAUAUCUUUAAGAAAAAAAAAAAAAAGAAAAAGAAAAAAAGGGAAAAGUUUUUUUGUAAAGCUAAUUUUUUAAAAAAUAAAUACAAAAACAUUUUUAUACAGUGUAGCCAUUUGCAAACCCAACAAAUAAAGUCUUGAGUAAUUUGUAUAGACCCUUCUGGGAAGCCAAUGGUCUACAGGAUCAAGGCUUUAAAAUACUAAUGCUCUUUGGGACUGGCAGCACCAACCAGUACCACACAAUUUAGAGUUUUGUUCCCACAAAAAGAAUUAUAUAUAUAAAGUUCAGUAUCUCUCAAAAAUCAUUUGACUAUGUAUGCUUUUUAUAUUUUAACCCUGCAGCCCCUUGCCAAGAAGAGGAUUGCUUGUGUGAGUAAGAAUGCUUGUGAAAGGAAGAGUUUGUAGAAGUCCUUUCUAUAUGAAAUUUCUGACAUUGCAUCCAUCACUUUUUGUUAUUGUUACGCAUUCACCAUAUUUCGUUAUCCUAUUGAUACCUCCCCAAAAAUGUUGGAAAACAUCCUCUGUCAAAGCCAAUCAGCAUGUGUGUUGUCACUUCAGAGUUUCUUUCUGCUCUGCAUUUCCGUUAGAGUGAGCUUUUGCUACAAAACAGGAUUUUGGUUUAUUACGGUUUGCAUUUGCCUGAUAUUGUCCCAUCCUACUCUUACCAGUAGAGAAUACAUUUGCCCUUCGACAGAGUGACUCUAGAGCAUGGCUCUGAAUGCUCUUAUCAGCAGAAAUAUUUAGUAAGUUUUUCAAUGAAAUCAGGAAAGCAAAGAUCCAAAUUACACUAUUAUUUUAAAGGGAAAUGAUAUAGCAGAAUUAAUUCAAAACAAAAAAGAUGUCUCCACCAAUUCCACCUUGCACUGUUUUCACACCUCUUCAGUCACUUUGAUUAAUCAUUUUAUCUGGGUUUCUCUUGUACCUUAUAGUAUGAGAAUAAUUUAAUAUGCCUCGUUCUGUCCUGUAAAAAUUAAACUUACAGAGAUGCUUUAAAAUGUCACAUCUUCAAGCACUUUUUGUCUCCGUUUUCAGUGCAUGGUCACUGGGACUGGAUUUUUUAAUAUUGAUUUUUAUGUUGCCUUUCCUAGCAGAAGAAGAAAAGAAGCUAUUGCAGAAAGUGUUGAUGGGGUGCCCAGUUCAUAAAAUUACAAAGAGGCAUUCAAGAAUGAGGUGAAGUCCUGCAAGUGGACUUCCACAUACUCCUCUAAGCAAGCAUACACAGGGUUGAACUAAGAAAAAUUGUCCUAAAAAUGUGCUGAAAGUGCGUUACUAUAUUUUUCCUAGUCACCGUUUUUAGUUGCCAUUAGGUAAAAUCAGUGUCAGCUUCUAAUUUGUUAAGAUUUGUUCCUUCUUUAUUGCCAAUGCAGCUGUCACAAAUCGUUACUGCAUUGCUACACAAGCCUGUUAGUGGGUACAGCUCGAUUGACUCAGGUCUUUUACAGUGAAGGAAUUGCUGCCAGGCCGAAAAUCAGAAUGAUCAUUGAUUUUACCCAAACUGGAAGGAAUACCAGUGAAGAAGCUAAAAGAACUGGGAGUGGUUAGCUUGGUAAGAGGUGACUUUUUUUGCACUCCAAAUAGUUGCUAAUAGAAUCCAAUUUCUGCAGGUGUCCACUCCUUAUGAACCUGAUUUUCAGUCCUUGCAGUGCACUUCUGGCAGGCAGUGAUCAGGAAAUUUCCCAGGUUGGCUUAAAUAUAACACAGAAGAAAGUACCAGGGAGAUUUUAUGUCAAACGUGUGAAUACCAUUUUUAUUCUUUUACUUUGGGGUUUUUUAGUAGAUAAUGAAGCUGGUAAUUUUUAGAGGUUUUUAUAAUAGUUUCUGGUCUAAAGGAGGUAAAACUUUUUGAGCUGCAGUUGCAGCAACCUUUUGGAGUCUAGGCCUUGAUGGUUUUCCUCUUUGCACAGUCCUUUGGUGUUGCAAACCCCAAAUAAACUACAGCCUGUGCAAUAAUUUUGGGAAAAAAAAAAUAAAAGAAUUGUAUUCUGUCAGUAAAGUGCUCAGCUUUCAGGUGGGAUGUUUACAAUGUUGAUAUGGGUUUCUGGUAUGUACAGUAUGCAAAGAAGUUUCUUAAACACUAGAAAAAGCAAGGCCCAUUUAAAGUGUUUUACAGUUAAAAAAAAUCAUGUUUUAGUUUUCAGUUCUUUAAAAACCAGGGAGAGAAUCAUUGAACUAUUUUUUCAGAUUGGAAUUUUGUUUUCUCCACUGUAAUGUCACUUGGUGUCUGAUCCUAUUCCCCUCUAGUCAAGAAGUCUGCUAUUCCCUUAAGAGGAGGCUUUCUGUAGAGCUUGCAUCUCCCUGUGUAGUGAGAAGAGCACUCUGCUGGUCACGUAGCAACCACGUAUAUAAACCCUUGUAUCUCCAUAUUCCCAGUUUGCUUGGUAGUCACAUGCUGUUUACCAUGGAACAUAACUUCUCUCAUUAUGCUUGUGUUGCAGAAAGAACAUAUGGAAGUGGAGAGUGUGAAAGCCCCAAACUAUUUAUGUUAUUACUUUUAAGAGGAUCCUGAGCCUUUGGUUUCCAAGAACCCAGAAAUACCUGUGUCUAGAAGUAAUAAUUUCCACCACAUUCAAAGGGCCAUAGUUUACUAUUUAUGCUCCAAUUCCUGAGGAAACCUGGCAUCUCUUGAUUUGUUUUGAGCUAAUGUACAGGGCGUGUCGACACUCAUCUCUGAAAAUCAGUUGCUUCCUCCAGUCGAAAGAUGGUGUUUGAUGCAAAGGUACAAGCUAUGCCUCAGAAGUGAGCUGUAGGAGUCUGCUAGGAAAAAGGUAUUCUACUGUGCUCUUGGCAGCAAUUUGAACUCCCUUCCUCUGUGAAUGAAACCCCUUACAGAGAGCUUGGGAAAUGGCUGUGUAUCACCAAUGGCAUCCCCUGUGACCUUGUGCAGGGUGCUGGCUCUCACAGCAAAUGAUGGUCACGUUCUGGCAGUAAAUGGUUCCCAAGGCAGAUGUAAUCUGAGAAUGCAUUUGUUAACAAUGCAAGGAUAAGUUAACGAUGUUAACUGUUCAUCAGUUUUUACCCUGACAUCAUGUAUGAAUCCAAGACUGCGAUUGCUCAGGAUGCAUUUGGGACUUUUACCCUUAGUGUACUACUGUUAGAAGUUCUUAAGAUCCUAGAGGUCUGAAUUUGGAAGGAAGUCUGUAAAGAUUCAGAUAGAUGCUUCUAAAAGUACCAUUUGGCAUCUAAGCAAAUUUUGUACCCAGCUCCCUUUUUCUGCUUUCCAUGCCGGACUUUAAGUUCCUUUGUUUUCUCUAGAAAAGUCUCCUAAAUUUCUGUCUGCUUUGUAGAUACAAAAAUCUUUCUAAAAUUCUGGCCCCAUCUGUCUGUCUUCCUUCAGAAAUACCCCCGAAAGUAGAAUGCAGCAUGGAGAAGCCAAGGAUCUUGCCAAACCGAGCAUCAGUCAGUGGUGCGGCCAAUGAGGACUGCCCAGCCUGUGCCCCAGUCUGGGCGCAUUCGCACCCAGCGCCAUGCCUAUGCUGCUGAGCUGUGAGCUGAGUAGGUGUGGGUGGCUGUCAUUUUGGUUACUUGGCAGCCUGAGCCCCACCAGGUUUUAGCGGGACUUAGGAUCUUAGAGAAUUUUGUCCGUUCUCAAAAUGAACCUUAGGCACUUUUCAAAAUUUUGCCGUAAGUAUAAUGCAGCAAAGUGCUUGUGGUUGGUCCCAGGUGUUAAUGAAGUACUUGUGCAAAGUCUCAUUAAUUAUCUGGCACAUCCUGCUUGGUCCGUGUGGUGUGAUCCUGUGCUGGUGAUGGUGAGAGCUUUGCUGUUGAAGAUGAUGGUUGCAGGUUUGAGUCCACCCUCUCACUGACUUUCCCUUGGCACAGCCAGAUGUGCCAGUCAGUGUGAGCCUGGGCAGCCCGGCAGAUCCAGCUGUGCCUGUGCCUGCAGCUGCGAUCCAGAGAAGGCACAAGGCACUUGACCAGCAAAUACCCCAAGCAGAUGCACCAGCUGAUCGAAGUGUGAGAGAGGCAACAUAUAUGUGUUGUGGUUCAUUUGAUAGACAUAGGGUUCCAUAGGUAGGGAGGGCAGUAAUGACAGUCUGUGGCUUUUCUUUCUCUGAAAGAAGAUGCUUUUAACUGUUGGAAAACCUGUAAUUCAUAAAAACAUAUAAUAUUUGCUGUUACUUUCACAAGUACUGUUAUGGUUGAGAUGUUCCAGCAUUACAUGUUUAAGGAAGAAAGGUUUCAAUUUAAGGAUGAGUAGGAGAAUUUCUUGAGCAUCCCAUGGCUUCGUGGGCAGAAGAUUAGAUUGAGGCUUGUGCCCAGAGCGGAGAACGUGCCUCUGCCAGGUCUGCUGCAGGCACCGCAUCUGGGAGGCAGGCGCGGAGGGUUGCUUGCUUUUUCCCCGUCUCGGGCCUGGACAUUGACCUGAGAACUUGGGUAUUCUUCCUCUGGCAGCACAGCGCUGGUGUAAUUAGUCCUUGGGUUGAUGAGGUUGUAGACAUGCAGGUAGAAAGUCAAACUGGCAAUUCGUAGGAAAGAGAAAAGGAUAUUGUAGCCCAGUGUGAAGCAGACUUUAUGUCACACACUUGAUUUCACUUUUCUUUCAAAAUCAAAUGUAAUCCCACUGUAAUGAAGUAACCAUGGAGUUUCUGGGGAUUUAAUUACUGUUCGAUGUUGCAGCAUUAGUCAAAAUGGUGGCAGCAUUAAAAAGGAGAUAAUUAUUCCCAUUAAGUAGGGUAAGGGAAUGCUUUUCUUUUUUCUUUUUUUUUGUUUUUUUUUUUUUCAUAUUUUUAGGUGAAUCAACAAAUAGGAGUGUCCAGGCCUCCUGAAGAAAAUGUAUGUUAAGUGUUUUUGAACAGAUGGGGGAAUAUUUGAAAUUAGGUGACAGCUGUCUUAAGCAAUCAUUGGAAGAGCUAGCAAAAAAUACUGGUUAUUGGAGGCAAACUUUGAAUUAGAGCAAAAUAGCACCAGUACUUUUGAAAGCAACUUAGUAUGAUAAAUAUUUCUUUGAAUUUUGUCACUUUCAUUCAGCAAAACAACAUUCCUCUGGAGGUAAAUCAAAGCAGGGUUUUAGCCCCUGCUGUGGUAGUUAUUGAAUCCCAGUGUUGGAGGGAGCAGUGCUAGAGUUAUCCUCCAUUUACAUCCAAAUUAUGAUUUAUUCAGAGGCCAUUAGUGGGAUUUUCCUGGCAGGCAGGUGUCCUUUUGAUGAAAAAAUAUAUCAUGCCUCCUCAGUAGGAUGCAGAUGUUGCCUGUGUGAGCACCCACCUGAAUUCUUAGGACGAUACAAGCUCCUCAGUAGGCUGUGGUCAGAAGAGCAUGCGUGCAUUUCUGGAGAGUCCAUUUUCACAAUGACAAAAGGGGGAAAAAGCUUGAGUUAGGUGACAACACUACUUUGAUAAAACUGAAACAACAAUAACCAUUGAGCAGUUUGAAAGCUUGCCAAUGUCACUUGAGGUGUAUGCAAAAGUUUCCCCGAGUGCUUGCAUAUGUAAAACUAUUCCUUCUGAAAGGUGAUGAGUUCAGGUAUAACCAACUGUCCUUGGCCGUGGUCUGUCAGCCUGAAGGAUAUAGUGAACCAAGAAGGAUUUUUGACUGAAGUAGUUUAAUUCUCCCUCAUUAAAGAAAACUUUAGUUGGUGCUAGAGGAGGAAAAAGAAUGAUAACAUUUAUUUCAGUUGAGCUUUUCCAGUGGCUUGUUGUGCCAGUUGUUUCUUACUUCCAAAGCCAUGCUUGCGGUAUGUCCAAGGUGUGGAAGUGGGGCAGCAGAUGACACUUGGUUUGCUGUUGAUGGCAUAUGGGAUCUGUGUGCGCCAAGAAGCACCACUGAAAUCCGCAGGAGUGGAAAGGGGUGUAUCCCAGCAGCGGAUUAGAUGAGGAAACCCAAAUAUUUCUGGUUUCUGUCUGUGUGAAAGCACAAGAGCGGGUAAAAAGGACUUUGCCAUGGCUGCAGACUAUGUGUCCUUUUAUGAUUGAAUUCUCAUGUCCUGAUUCAAAAACCGUAGAAGUCAGAUCAAAUAAGCAAACCACAGCGCGUGCUGUGGCCCUGGCAAGGCAGGCGUGCGUUAGCUUGCAUUUCCUCGGGCUCGCAGAGGGAGCUGUGAUUGCAGUGUUGGCCUGCGAAUGACAUGGGGUCCCGGACAGGACUGCACGGGGGGAUGAACUGGUGGGAGGUUAAGAACAAAUGCUGAAUUUCAGAGGGCUGUUGUCAAAGUAGCUGGACAAAUACCUUAGAGUAAUGUAAUCCAACUCUAUACCCACCUCGCCGUGGUUUGCUUACAGCGAUAGCCCCGAGGCAGUGGGCUUAGAUGCUCUGGUUUUCAGCGCUGUCUUCCUUUACCACAGCGAACACUUACAAACAAUUAAUGUGAAUUAGCAACUGCUCUUUGCUUUUAAUGGAGAUUGAGUUUUUGGGGUUUGUUGUUGUCAGUUUUUGUUUCUCCCCUGGCCCUUAUCUUUUUACCCCCAUGCUUUCAUAAAAAGGGAAAAAAAAUAAGGGUCUGUAAUCUGAUCAGAGAGAAAACAGGGGUUUGCCAUGUGUGUACAUACUGCUUUAGGUAGAAAGCCCAUUGUCUCUUAAAGCUAUCUUUCCUUUUCAGAAUUCCUGCCUGAUUCUGACACACGGUGAAAAUCUGUAUUUGAAUGCAAAAUUUUCAUUUUUAGAUGUUUGUAAACCGUAAUACAGUACUGCAGGUGGCAUCCUAAAAGAUCAAAGACAGCAUUAAUAAUGGCUCUGUGGUGUUGAUGAUCUUUUCAGUAUUUCAACCAUGUCAGCAUACAUUUGGUCAUUACUUUUCUAAAGUUAAGUCUUCUUUUCUUCAGUAAUUGAUAUAAGAUGUUUGCAUGAUGGAAAGUAAUUUAAGUUCACUUCUUAAAAAAAACGUGAUUCAUACUGUAGGUUAUGUUUGUUUAACAGAUUAACAUUUUCACUGACGGGUGGCAGUUUUUUUUUUCUUUUUAAUGCUUUUGAUAGAAGAACCUCUAGGACAUUUUCCAGCAGAAACACAUUUUGUGAUCUUUGCCUCCAGUUGUGGAAGUAGUACCUUUCAAAAAUAAUUUUAUUUCCAAUACAGUUUGGCCAUCUGGGUAACAAUACACAAGUAUGUAUACCACGUUCAAGCUAUGAUUAUAAAAACCCCAUUUUGGUGAAAGUAAUCACGAAAUUAAUCCAGCAAGGUCAAAAUCCUUUCUGAGUGAAAAUUUUGGAUGUGUCAAUAUAAUUGAAGCACGUGAUGCCCCACCAGAUUUUGGGGCCAAAUCAUACAAAUUUUGUAUUUUCAAAUUCACGAAAGGUCAACCAAUAUUUUUUUUUACUUUCAGAAAACACUGAGGAAUUUGGUCACCUUACAUCCUCUCCUGUGAGGUUUGACUCCUGGCCUGCGUCCUCAGGGCACUGCGCCUCAGACACCGUUAUUUUAUGACGGUCAUUCAGACUCAGCUCUAGCGGCAAGUUUCCGCAAUUCACCCAUGUAAUUCAAAAUUAAUCCCUCCUUGAUUUUUUUCAAGGUGAGAGAAAGGAGGGGAAAUGUAAUUUUAUAUGGCUCUAUUCCAAAAGGGUUUUGUGUACCUUUCUAAUUCUUUUGAAGCAAUAUUUUAAAAAAUAACUGCCAGCCAAAGUGGCAAUGCAGAAAAGUGCCAUCUUGUUCAGGAUUUGUACACGCCAGUUUUUAACACAGUGUUUUCACUAAGUACUACAUACAUUAAUUUAUAUUUAUAUAUUGUCAAUAUUGUUGUAACCAAGCUUCUCCUUUUUAAACACUUCAGGAACAAGGCCUUGUAUUUUUAGGUGAUUUUCAUAAACAGAAUAAUACUUUUCCUUUCACUAGUAUCUUGCACUCGAUACAUGUAGCAAUACUUAAUAUAUUCUCUUCACAAGUAUUUGUUAAGUGAUUUAGUUAAUGGCUGAUAAAUGUUUUGUACAAAAUAGAUUCUGUACAGGAAAAAAAAUCUUUUAGAUAAACAUUAUUUAUUUUUACUGUUUUGUAAGUUAGACACUAUAUGAAGCUCCUUUUUUGCCAGAAUUACUGGAAGUGCCUCUUGGUAAAAUGUAUUAUACAGUAAAUAUGUAUUCAAAAUUAUUAGAAAUACUUGUCACAAAAUGAACAAUGUGGAUGUUGCAAUGUGAAGACAAAUGUACAACAUAAAUAUAAUUCUGUGGUA